AUGGAAGGAUUCGACAGAUCAUCCCUCACAAAAGAGCAAGUGCUUAGAGUUUUCCAAAAAUAUGACUCUCUUCUGCCAAGCCUUCCCUCAAUUGAAGAGCCUGAAAAUGAUACAAGUCCAUGCAAUUAUGAUCAGAAUUACAACAGCGAAGAUCUUUCAACCUCUGACCAUAUCGUCAGGACUUUUAAAGAAAAAUAUGACUCUUUAUAUUCAGGCACACGCGAAAACCAGCAAGAAGAACUUUCUUUAAGAAUCCAGCAGCUCGAAGGCCUACUAGAAACCGAAAAGGUCCUUAAAAAAGUUUUAGAACAAAAAUUUGAAUUACACAAAAGAGAAUUAAUUAAAGCCAAAGAGAAUUAUGAGAAAAUUAAAACUGAAGCUGAAAAUUGAAAAUCAAUGUAUGAAGAAGCAUCAGAAGACCUCCAAUCUAUUCAAUUUCAAUUAGAAUCUGCAAAUAAUAUGUAUGUAGGGAGAAUUGCAAAACUGGAUUCAGAAAUUCAAGAACUGAAAUCAAAGGCAAAAUCUAUGUCUUGUGAGGAAGAGCAACUCAAUGAGCUCAGCAUUACAGAAAUUUUUGAGUUAGAAAAAAAUCUUAUCGAUAAUUUAAUUAAAAUUCAAUCGAUUAAAGAAGACAAACUUCAAAAAAAGCUAAGAGAAAAGAAUGAAGGCCCGUUAUGUGUAAUUUGCAGAGAAAAAGGCAUUAAUAUUAUUCUUAAACCUUGCAAGCAUGCCUGCUUAUGUUCUGACUGCUCAUUAAAUGUAUUGAAUUGUCCAAUGUGUCGAGCUAAUAUAGCUAUAAAAGAAAAAAUAUUUAUUGCUAAAUAA